AAUUCAUGGAGAAGAGAGAGAGAGUUUACGAAGCUGCAGGGCUGGCACUCGUGCGCAGCGCUGAAGGCCGAACGCGCUGGGUCUCGUACGCCCCACACGGCAACUCACCGCCACCACCUAUUGAGCUGUGUCAUAAACCUACUCCUUUAUGUGGACUGGACUUCGACGCUUCCGAUACCACGCAUUUCGAACUUGUGCAGCCCAAGUGUGCUCCGCCAGCGCAAAACUUGCUAAUUUUUCUGCAUGGCAGAGGUGGCUCACACGAGCCGUUUGCUCGACUUGGAGAGAAAAUGGCACUUCCCCAAACAGCGGUGAUCUCACUCCGCGCACCUCGAGAGCUUCCGUUCGGCUUGGGAUUCACGUGGAUCGAUGACGUGGACGCCAAUGGCGACGUAAUCUCGCCAGAUACUCCACACAAGCAGCGCAGUGACAGUCUUCAGAUGACACGGGACUACUUGUGGAACUACCUUCAAGUGCUGCAUGACCAGUACGGGUGGAAUUACUCUCGACUCUUCGUGUUUGCAUUUUCCCAAGGAGCCUGUGUGGCGUUCCACUUGGCGAUGACUAUACCACGCGAUGUGCGGCUAGGAGGCAUGGUGCUUGUGUGUGGAGGGGCAAUUGAGGGUCCACACUGCUCUACUCAUCUUCCAGACGCUGCCGCCACGCCAAUAUUGCAGGUCACAGGUGCACUAGACGAUAUUUACCCGACAGCGCUCGCCGUACGUACGCGGCGCGAGUUCAAGAAGAGAUAUCCACAGAAAGAUGCAGAGCUUUUCACGAGCUUGGUGAGGCCACACAAGGGACACGCAAUGAUUGACUCUCGCGAGGACAUGAAGCAUGUGAUGUUCUUCUUUUCCAAAUACUUGUACCUAUGCAACAUUGAGCUGGAGAACCGCAACGACUUUAUUGAGAUCCAAGUGCCAGCAAUUUCACCGUGAAUAUCAUACAGAAAUUUCUUCUGGGCAGAAACGCACCGAUUGGAUGGAACAGCAGCCGAGAAAUUUCCAUAAUACAUAUAAUAAGUACUGA